AUGAAAAAUCACCUCGAAAGAAACGCAAAAGGAACAACAGAAAGGAAAGAUCAGAGGCGCAACAGAAAUGAGAAAGAGAAGGAGGAAGAAGAGAGCGCGUAUGGCAUGCACGCAAUUUAUCACCAACCUGUUGGCGAAAUGGAGGCCAAGCGAAUCGACUCCUUUAGCAGGAAAAAAAGAGUUACAAAGGAAACCCUUUGGAACAUUGAAAAUUUCCAAGAGGACGAUGAGAAGGUGAUGUAUUUCAAAAACUUCAUCCAGAACGACCUAUCGGAUGAUAACGUGAAGAAAACGGGUGAUAUCAUCUUCGACCAUUUUAGAAAUGAAAAGGGAAGGGGGAGCAGACGGGAGAUCAGAAUCCAGAGUGGAAGCAGGAACAGCAGCGGGAACAGAAGCGAAAACAGAAGCGAGAAUAUGCGCAAGAAGGUGAUCACGCCCAAAAACCAAGGCAGGAGCUGCAACCCUCUUCGAGACAGCAAGCACAAUCCAAUAACGGGGCUGAAUUUAACGAACUACAUGCUCGUGCCGGACGAGAUCAGGCACAAGUACACAAAAACGUACUUGUUCCAAAUAUCCAAAAGAUUGCUAGUCAUGAAAAAACCGUGGAGAUUACCCAAGAAUGUAGAGCUACAAAUCAACAAUGUGUACCAUUUGUCCAAUUACAUAAAAGUGCUGGAGAGGAUUUCGAGUGAAUAUCUGAAUGACCCCCCUGUUAAUUAUUACUACAAAGGGUUAGAGCUUUACAACCAAAAUGUUUUUGCAAAUAUAGAUUACUUGUUAAAGAAGGUAGACAUAAAAAAGAACCCGAAGAAUUUUCAAUACAGAAAUUUAAUUAAGGUAAAUGAGUGCUACUACGAUUUAAGCACCUUUGGAAAAUCUCCCACUACCAUGCUUUAUCAAUCGUAUGUCAUAUGGGAUGUUCAUGGGAGUAGCUUAACCCUAGAACAGGAAUAUGAAAAUUUCUUCGACUCACAAAUUAUGGAUUAUAGCUUUGGAGAAAAGGAGUACCCAAAUUUGAAAUACAUUUUAAGCAUCUGCAGCUCAGUCCUAUUUUGGCUCAACUUUAACAAAAAAGACAAUUUUGCGAUUAUUAAUUACCAUAAAAUUAGCUCCUUCAUUUUAUUAAUUUUUUCUUGUGUCAUGCUAGUCAUAGAUAACACUUUAACCUUUUCCCAAAUUCAAGAAAUCCUCUACAAGUCGUCGAAAAUAAGUAACAGUGAUAAGGAUAAUGAAGAGGAUAACAUCAACACUAAUAUUUCUUCAAACUAUUUUGGAAACAAAUAUGAGACUCUUUCUAAUGGGGAAAAAUCGGACGACACGUGUAACAUGUUAAGGAGAGCCAAGGCACGAAGGGGGGGGCAUUCUCGCAUCUUACCUCAUAAGACAACGACAAAUAUGCAAAGAGACAAAUAUGAGAGAACUCGCCGCAGAUAUGAGAACGAGGAGGACACGACCCUUCGCAAAAACAGUUAUGAGGAUAACUCCCUCGAGAAAGAUUCCUACGAUAAGAAAAGAGAAAUCUCGAAUUCGGUGCAUAUCUACAAUUUUAGCAACUACAGCAGUGAGGAUUACCUCACAUACGACAACCAUUUUAACGGAGGCGAUAUGACUUUCUCCAAGGACGAAUAUAAAUCUCGUAACCCCAUCAGUGCGUUUAACAAAAUGCAAUACCAUACAUUAAAUUUGAGCGGGAAAAGUGGAGAAUACGAUAAUGAGAUGGCUAGUUCACAGAACAGGAAGAAGACAAAAUUUUCAAACUCCUGGGGGUUUGAUGUAACAAACAGAGAAAAUUACAAAAGUAACAAUAAAGUGAAGGAUCACCAUUUUUGGAUCCCAUUUGACUACUGGAAGUCUUCUCACAAAAGAUAUUUUUUUUACAUUUAUGAGUUAAUGAAAAAUAAAAAUAAAAAAGUUGAAAAUGUGCCCUUUAAGUUGAAGAGCAUUAUUUUUAGCGAUUACGUCAUGUGCUCCGUUUCGGUCGAGGUGUAUGAGAUUAUUUACAAAGAUAAUCAGGAAUUUCACCUGGACGUUUUGUCCGAUUGUGGCUGCGACACCCCAGCCGGGGAGGGGUCCACGGACGAGGGCACAAACGAGGAUCAGAGAGGAAGCGACGAACCAAGUGAUAAGAGAAGUGAAUCCCAGAGUGGAAACCAACAUGAUGGCCACCCCAACAACCCUAACGAAUGCACCGACGUUGAUGAGUCGAAUGAGGACGACUCGCCGAAUGAAGAAUCAAAGGGAGAACACCUCCGUGAAGAUGAAACCUUUUAUAGGGACUCUUCCGUGGAGGGGACAUUAAAACGAGGAAUCCCAAAUGGACGCGAUUUGAAUGGUCCCUUGAAGGGAAGGGAUAGCAGUGAUUACUCCAACGAGAUGUUCCACCCCCCAGGUAGCGUAAAAAACGGAAAUGGAAAUAUCUGUGGAGUAUAUAAACCCGUGGGUAGAGAAUCAAGCACGGAUAACAUUCUAUAUGGCGAAAGUGGAGCCGCUAGCAGCUUAAGCGUACCAAAGGGUGAUCUCAACGCGAACAGCAUUUUUAUAGAUAGGAGCUACGAAUCAACUGCGUGCGUGAGAAAUAAAUUGAAGAGAAUAUCUUCUUAUUGCAGAUUAAGGAACGGCUCAAAUGAGUGCAGUGACAGGUGCGAGGAGACGGUAUUUAAUACCGCCAAUCUAUCAAAUCGGUCAAUUUCGGAGAAUCGAUCGCAUCGAUGGAAUCUGUCCAACUCGGCAAAUUCGUCUAGUGGGCCAAACUAUGAACGAAGUCUGAAGGCCAAACCGGGGGAGGGAGAAGGAGGCGAGAAGCGCCUUCCGUUUUACCUACGCAGAGGAAAUGGCCGCACCACACACAAAAUAAGACAGCAUGGGGGGAAGUACUAUUCUCCCAGAUCACUCAGUUCAGUUUCGCCCAAACCAACAUCGGUAGAUCAAAUGUACAGAUACAAAAAUGAGAGCAUUCCAGGCAGUGGCAAUAUUCAAAGGGGAAGCUCCAAAGAGAAGAUAACUACCAACGCGCAAAUGAACACGAAAGUGAAGAUGAAGACGAAGGAGAAGAUAAAGACGAAGAUGCAGACCAAAUCGUGCACAUUGUUUCCGCAGAAGAAGAUUAAGAGCUCGGCCGAAUCGAAUGAACCGCUCUCGCACGUGAUGAAUACACCCACCUGCGAUGUGUCCGAAGUAGGAGCAGCGGAACAUAAGAAAGACACCAAAUGGAAGGAAAAAGAAAUUUACGAUUUUUUAAAGAAAAAUAGAAAAAGAAACCAGAAAAAAGGGGAAGAUCGAAAUAAAGGAUCAUCUUAUGAGAAAUCAGGAUAUGAAUACUUUUUAAAAUGUAACAACCUAAGUUACAACAUCGUGUCGUCAUACGAGAAGAACAAAAAAAAAUAUGUGACAAUCGAUUUCACACAUGACGCUGAAGGGAAUACCAAGGAGCACAUCAUAUGUGGAGAUAUUCUCAUACUAAUUGGACACAAAAAUAUAGAAAAAUUUCAUAAAGGAUUUUCAAGUUCUUAUUCUUUCCAUACUGGUUUUUUAAAGAAGGCCUCGUCUGAAAUUCUCCACAUAAGGAAAGAAGACAUGGACAUUAACAGCAACUACGAAAGCUAUAUUCCGGAUGGCAUGAAACUGUCCAUCAUUUUGGACUCCGCUAACAGAAGUGAUUGCAUGAAAGCGUACAAAAGAAAUUUAAAGAGUCAUAACAAAAUGGAAGAUUUGAAAUCGUUGAAAAUUUUCGAAAAAAAUAAAUCCUUCGAGUCGAAUGAUUCCGAGUGUGGUGAGUAUUGUCUGCGAGGGAGCGGGACUGCCUUUUCGACCUCUGAUGUGGGAAGUCACAAUGGGGGAGAGACAAUCGUCAGGGGUAAGGGCAGAAGGAGGACAAAGGGAGGAAGAGAAGAAGAUUCAGAUGAAGAAGAGGAGAAGGGAAGAGGCAAAUGGAGGAAGGGAAGAAGCGACCACAAUGUAAUGAAGUGCAGAAGGGAGAAAAUAGGAAAAGUAGACGAUAAUGAGGGUGAUGAUGAUGAGGAGGACGAGACAAACGAGUCCACCCAUCACAUGGGAGGAACAAAACGGACACCACAGCAACGUAGAGAACACGCGCGUUACUCGCCACCAGGGCAGAGGGAAUCAAGGAACAAGUUAAACUUUAACAAUAGCAAACAAAUGGAUUUCCAUUCGAAGAUAAAUUAUAAUGGUUACUCAAUUUUCAGCGAAAAGGAGUCCAAAAUAAAAUACAACGCUACGAACAUUACGCAACUGUUAACGUCCCUCUUCGGUUUUAAAAAUAGAGAAGAUAAAUAUUCUUUAACAAAAAAACAAAACGUAUGUUCUUUGUUGUCCUCCAAAAGAUCCUUUUCAAAUUUAAUUUCCUUAAAGGAUUAUUUACAGAGACAAUAUGAAGUAAUUACCAACCCGACAGAGAGUAUGUACAAUUUUGUGAAGAAUCAUGUUUUGAAGGUAAACAUUCCUCUCGUACAGUAUUUAAAAAAAAUAACUCAUUUGUCGAAUUUGAAAAUUUAUUUUUCCUUAAAAUUGUGCAACAAUGAUUUGAGUAAGUCUCUCAAUUUUAUUGUCUCCAUAUGGGGAAUUAACAUUUUAAAAAAAAAAAGUUCCAUUAGAUACUCCUCAACUUUGAACGAGCUCCCGGAAUUUAGGGAGGAGUUUAAAAAAAUCAUCCCCCAUGAUGUAGGCAUAAAAACACCUACUGAGUCAGAAGGGCAUGGAAAUCAUUUAAACAAUACUAAUAUCAGUUGUGCGCACGUGGAUGUCUACGAAAAAUUGGACGACAGUGCAAAUCUGUUUAAGGAGCAUGAACAGGUAACGGCAGAUGAGGAAGUUGAAGUGAUACUUUCGAAGGAACCGUGUAGGAAAGUGAGCUCUUUCCAUCGCUUGGAGGAGACGUUCGAAUGGACGAGGGACCCUGUGAAGGUCGUGCACCUGAAGCAGCUGCAUCACUACAGGGAGAGCGAAGCGGUGAGCCCGACCAGUGGAGCAAGAAGGGACGGAAAAAGGGAAGAAACAAGUGAUGGGAAAAUUGGUACACAAAAUGAAGUUACACGCGACGAACCAAAUGAAGUUACACGCGGCGAACCAAAUGAAGUUACACGCGGCGAACCAAAUGAAGUUGCACGAGGCGAACCAAAUGAAGCCCCCGGUCCGGGCAAACCCGAGGACCCCGCGACGCAGAAGGUGCAAAACGAGGGCUGCUCCGAAGUGUUCACAAACAUAGACGGAAUAAAAAUUGCCAGAAUGGAAAUCAACAAGGCAUACUACCAAAUAAGGGAAGAAACAAAUUUUGCAAAAUCGAAAGAGCAACCAGAUUUCGGAAAAAACGAAAAGGAAAAGGUCCAGGGACAUAAAAAAAAAACUAUAGAGGGCAAUGAAAGUUUUCUGAAAAGCAUGAUGGAAAAAGACGAGCCAUCAAAAGGGAUAGAAGAGAUUAGCACCAAAAGUGAUAUAUUAAAAAAAAUAGGAGAAAGUAAUUUUUUUUACGCAAAAUUGCCCAGUGGAGAAUUGGUAAAAUUAAAAGUAAAGGACACGAACGAGUUAGGUACAUACGACAGUAUGCCUCUUCUGCUGAUUGAACCUGUGGAUAAUUCAGGACAGCUUACAGGUGCAAUGAGUGGCUUAGGUAUGAAGGAGGAAUCUCAUAAAAAUGAAAACGUUACCCUGGAGAAGGCCGCUAAUACAGAUUGUCUAAUAAACGAUUUGGAAAAAAUGUAUGACCAAAUGAUUAUGAAAAAGAACAGUUUUGAAUCCAUAUUGAGUGUCGAAAGUGAUAGGUCGACUAUGUCUAGGUAUUCCAUGUCCCUCGUAGAGCCCCCCCUCGCUUCUAUAUCGAAGGGGGGGGUGCCAACGGCGGAAAAAGUGGAGGUCAAAAUGGGGGAAAAUAUUGAGGUCAAAGUGGGGCAAAAAAUGGACCAAAAAAUUGACGGCAAAAUCGACGGCAAAGUCGACCUAGGCGUGGUAGUGAAACCCCCUGAGUUAGCAGCCAAGCAACUGGCCAAGCAACCACUCAAGCAGCCGGCGAGCGAGGGUCAAAGGAAGUCAAAGACCGUGGAGGCGCUCCUCAAGAAAGCGAAGGAAAAAAGACCGCCUCCACCGCUGCCACCCGCGCUACAGAAAAGACCCCCUUCGAAAGCAACGGCUGAGGGCAAGGAACCAGGAGGGGAUACAAAAAAAGAAAGUAGCACAAAGCUAGAGGUGCCCAAAAAAAUGGGGAAGAAAAUACCAGGACCUCCUCCUCCCCCACCCCCAUUUCUGUUAAGUAAAGGCAAAAUGGGAGAAAAAGCCAAAAUGGGAAUGAAAAAAUGCCCAAUGAAUCCUGCAACGAAGAAGUGCGUGAAAAUCCAAGAAAAAAGACCUCUAGGAAUUAAACUACACUGGCAACUAUUACCAACACACAAAAUUGAAGGAACCGUUUUUAAUGAAAUAAAAAGUCACGAAGCAAAGUAUAAUCUGAUAGACACAAAAGCUGUUCACAAAUUAUUCGCUCGAGUAAAAGAAGAAAAGAAAAUUGUAAAAAAAAUCACAGAAGAGAAGAAAAAAAGCAGCGAAGAAAAAUUAAUAACCGUUUUGGAUAGAACAAGAGCUCAGAAUAUCGGAAUCUUGUUACGAUUUCCAAUGAGUACCCAAGAAAUUGUGCAGAAGAUAAGCGUAUUCGACCUUGAAAAUAUGAAUACAGAGUUUUUGCAAAAGUUAUUGCACAUUUUACCAACGAAGGAAGAAAGUGAUAGCAUUUUACAAAAACUGGAAAAUGAGAAUGUAAAAGAAGAAAAAUUCAGAGAUGUUGAAAGGAAGCUAAUUCCAUUUGUUUAUAUGGACAAAUGUCAAUGUAAGAUAGAAAUUUGUCUAUUUUCAGUAAAAUAUGAAAAAAUGUUGAAUGAAAUAAACAAAGAUUUGGAUACCUAUGACAAAGCUGUAAAGGAAGUACGAUCAAGCAUACGCUUCAGGUCUUUGCUGAAGGCCGUUCUCAAAUGGGGCAAUUAUGUCAACUAUGGUGUUAAUGAAAAUGAAGAUUUAGUCGCCCUAGGGUUUACCCUAUCAUCAAUGUUGAAGCUAACCGAAUUUAAAUCGUCCAUAGAUAAUACCAUCACGUCGUUGCACUAUAUCACUGUUAGUCUUUGUACAUAUUUACCAGAUUUAAAUAUGAAUCUUCUAGAAAAUGACCUAAACUCCGUUUCAGUCGCCUCCAAAAUGUCCUCCGAAACGGUGGAUAUUCUGCUAGCUUCACUCGAUAAAGAAAUAAAUUACAUCAGAGAGCAGUUGAAAUGUACCUAUGAAGAUGUUUUUAAAGAAAAAAUGAAAAAUGUUUUACAAGACAGCGAAACCAAGUAUGCCAAUGCGCAAAAGAGAUACGAAGAAACCAAAAAAUCUGUGCAGCAGUUGGGUACCUACUUGGGGGAAGAUAUGUCAAAAAGUCCCAACCUCGAAAGCAUAUUUAUUAUAUUAUCCUCUAUCGUGGACAAUUUUACCAAGUGUUACAAAGAAAUCUUGGCCAAUCCCAAAAAGUUUUCCAUAAUGCUAAAUGAUGAAAAUUUACUAGAUGAAUAUUACACCUUUUUUGGGAAAAAAAAAAAUAAAAUUCUACCCAACUCUAAAAAUUCUACCUCGAUAAGCAAAGAAGCAUUAACAAAAGAACCAGGUGCAACAAAAGAGAGUGAGAAAGAAAAUGGGAAGAUAAAAAUUAACAGACUUAAAAGCUGCAUUGGCAUAGUCAGAAAAAAUGAUAACGCCAAGAGCUCCAUGUUUCAGUUGAGGACUAAAUUAAUGCAGGACAUACAGAGUAGGGCUUCCCUAAAAAGGGGGAACUCGGAUGGGGACAAAGUCCUAUGUGAGCCCACGAUCCGUUUGUGCAACCAGAAAGAUACGCCUAUCCCGAAUACCAGAUUGGGGGAAAAUGACAGGGGGGCAGAGAACGCACAAGGUUUAAAGGAAAACGGGAAUGGCAUCAAUACAGAGGGAGCAAAUGUGUCGCAUGGAUGUGCCUUGGGGGGCCAGUUAAAAAGGAGGGAAAACUCGGCUGGAAGUGCGAAUGAGACGAGGUUAGGUGGGAAAAACCCCAUUGGAAAUGUAACUGAUAAGACAGGGUUAGGACAAAGAAACCCCAAUGGAAGUGUAAACAACGAGACAAGGUUAUGGCAGAAAAAACCCAUUGGAAGUGUAAACAACGAGACAAGGUUAGGGGCCGAUAAUCCCAUCGGAAGUGUAAACAACGUGACUAGGUUAACAGAGGGACUAAACUGCGAUGAAAAACCGAAUGGAGAUAUAACCGCUGAGGCGAACCUGGAAGAGGGUCCAAAGAUCGAGAGCCAAACGAACGCGAGUACCAAAAUUGAGGACAAAAUAAACGAUGAGAUAAGUGGACUCGUGGGCGAAGACAAAAUGGUGGAAUAA